GAACUACAAUUUUGCAGUUUAUCCAGAGAUUUUGCAAUUUGUUCCGAGAUUUUGCAAUUUGUUCCGCGAUUUUGCAAUUUAAUAACCAGAGUGUAGAAACGAUGUCUAAUUCAAUUGUCGAGUAAAAUGAUCUGAUACAAAAUCCAUCAUGAGUUCCUCCCCAGCCAUCGAGGCUUCAACCCCCACUGCGACCCCUUCCUCCCCGGCGCUGAGGGCUCCAGACUACCACUUUCAGUCGUCGACUCCGAAUUACUUGAAGAAACAACACCAGCCGUUGAGCGUCGUUUUAUCAGCGACAGCGCCGUCGACACCGCCUACUUACGGCGAGCCAACCCUCACGCCCCCGCCUCGCUCCCCGGGCGCUCCGCUAGCGACUCCGGCCUCCGGUGACGGGAGGGCGCACCCUCCAGACGGGACCUCUUCUGAUAAGUCGUCGGAAACAGCGGUGGGGGGUGUAUCCCGGGCUAGCACGGCGCUCUCCCGCAAGGAGAGCUACAAGGCUCAGAGGCAACACUAUCGAAAGGAGAAAAAACGGGCUGCUUCGGCCUUACUUCACAACAUUGAGGAUCCCUCCGUUGUUGUACUAGCUGACUGGCUAAAGGUCCGAGGGUCUUUGAAGUCAUGGACGAAAUUGUGGUGCGUUUUGAAGCCUGGACUGCUACUUCUUUACAAAACUCCUAAGGUUAAACGCAGUCACUGGGUAGGCACCGUGCUCCUGACCUCUUGUCAGGUGAUAGAACGACCGAGCAAGAAGGACGGCUUCUGUUUCAAGUUGUAUCACCCGCUGGAGCAGAGUAUCUGGGCGCCCAGGGGACCGCAUAAUGAGACUAUCGGCGCAGUGGUCCAGCCUCUGCCCACAGCCCACCUGAUCUUCCGCGCCCCCUCUCAGGCGGCCGGACACUGCUGGCUAGACGGACUCGAACUAGCACUCCGCUGCAGCAAUGCCAUGCUCAGAUGUUCCCGUUCUCGACCAGAACAGACAGUAGAGGAUGCGCCAGCGUCCCAGACCAACAUUUCUCAUGAGGAGCUCGAGAAGCACUUCAACGAGCAUGAGUUAGCAGGUGCGGCGUCAGACACGGAUAGCGAAGGUUCGAGGGCAGGGAUGCAAGUGACUCAGAAUAGAGACGACCCUGGGCUACAGAAGCAGGAUAUCCUGGCGAGGAUAGACAGCUUUUAUGUCGAAGAUCCUGAUGUUGAAAUUGGUGUGGCAGGAGAGUUAGUUGAAGAGGUGGCAGAAGAGAACAAGUCGCUGCUAUGGUUCCUUCUAAAGCAGGUCAGGCCAGGGAUGGAUCUUUCGAAGGUGGUCCUCCCUACGUUUAUUCUGGAGCCCAGAUCUUUUCUGGACAAGCUGUCGGAUAACUACUAUCAUGCUGAUUUGUUGGGGCAUGCCCAAACCCUAGAAGAUCCCUACCAGAGAUUCAAGGGCGUGCUGCGAUGGUACCUAUCAGGGCUGUACCGUAAACCGAAAGGGCUCAAGAAGCCCUACAACCCUGUUCUAGGUGAAACUUUCAGAUGUUGCUGGCGUCAUAAGAACGAUGAAUCGUAUACUUAUUACGUUGCAGAACAAGUAUCCCAUCACCCACCGGUGUCCGCUUUUUAUAUAUCGAAUAGGAAAGAGGGUUUCGUCAUAGAGGGCAGUCUUCUAGCGAGGUCCAAGUUUUAUGGCAACUCGACGUCCGCGAUCCUGGAAGGCUGCGCCCGCGUCCACCUGCUGAACUGGGGCGAGGCGUACCUCACCACCGCGCCCUACGCGCACUGCAAGGGGCUGGUCAUCGGCACGCUCAGCAUGGAGCUGGGCGGGAAGGUACACAUCAUUUGUCAAGAAACAGGAUAUCAGGCAGAUGUGGAGUUUAAAUUAAGGUCGUUUCUCGGUGGAGCGGAUCAGACAAACGCUAUAUCCGGACGGAUAAAGCGCGGUAAAGACACGGUAGCCACCAUUGAAGGUUACUGGGAUGGCAAGAUCGAUAUCAAGGAUAAGAAGACUGGGGAAGAAUCGAAUCUUCUAGACGUCGCCGUACUAAAAGAGCAGAGGUUGCCGAGAUACCUUGUGAAGAUUGACAAACAACAAGAAUGGGAGUCGCAGAGGCUCUGGCUUAAAGUUUCCGAGGCUAUACUCAAUGAGGAUCAGGUUGUGGCGACAGAACAAAAGACAAUAAUCGAGGAGGCCCAGAGGGCAAGGGCCCGAAGUCUUCUGGCGCCCUGGAUACCUAGACUGUUUCACAGGGACUCCAGAAGCGCCCCGCCAGAAGGUAUAACAGAUCAAUGUUGGAAAUACAAUCAUUCGAACACGAGUCCCUGGCAACCAGAUGAGCUGAUAGAGUACGAAGAUGACUUCAUUAUAACAUCCCUCAAAAACGUUCCGAUGAGGAACACGGGUGAAGCCAGGAUACGGGAGCUAGCUCAGCGCUCGGAUACGGACAGUCAAGAAGAUUUAGCUAGGAGAUCUAAGACUUCCACGCGAACAUUAAAACAGACACUCCACGCCAUAGACACGUCUCUACGAGAACAAGGCGUAGCAAUCGAACGGUUAUCGAAAAAUAUCGAAUCCCUAACCGAAACCCAGAGAGCAUCCUUCCGACCACAGAACAUAGGCAGAGUCCCACAGUCCACCCACAGCUGGGAUAUAUUCGGUGGUUUUGUACUAGCGAUGGUGUUGCAAGCGUUACUAAACUGGAUAUUCUAUCAUAAAGACUGAGUGCUGCCAGUUAAUAUAUUUAAUACAUCGACCAAA